CGGCUUGAGCUCACACACACAAGUCGACCAGCAGCUCCGUCCUUCACAAUGGUUAAGGUCUUCCUCGCCCUGAGCGCCGCGCUGGUGAUGGCCGCGCCCGUGGCCGCCUCCGUGUCCGUGAGCUUCGUCAACUCGUGCUCGUACGCCGUCAGCCUGUACGACAACAGCAAGACCGAGACCAUCGCGGCCGGCAGCUCCACGAGCCGCGACCUGGCCAGCGGCUACAGCGGUAUGUUCCGUGACGGCACCAGCGACGAGGCCACGCUGGCCGAGUUCUCCGUCACGGGCGGCUACACCUGGUACGACAUCAGCGUGAUCCCGCCCGGAAGCGGCAGCUGCACCUCGUACGAUGCGUGCAAGGAGCUCACGGGCAAGUCGGGCUACAACGUGGCCAUGAGCAUCGCGCCCGACACGAGCUCGGCCAAGUCGGUCUCCAGCUCGUGCGCCACGCUCACGUGCGAGAGCGAGGAGUGCUCGGACGCCUACCUGUACCCGUCGGACGACACCAAGACCCACAGCUGCCCGGACACGCUGCCCUUCACGGUCACCUUCUGCCCCGGCGGAUCCAGCUCCAGCACGACGACCACGACCACCACCACGUCCUCCCAGCAGCAGUCGCAGACGCAGUCGACCACGUCGGCCCCGGCCGCUACCACUGCCGCCCCGGAGGUGGCCAGCGACUACGAGUACGGUACCGUCUCGACGUCCAGCACCUCGACGCAGUCGCAGACGCAGACGUCCACUUCAACUUCGACUACUUCAACGACGACGACCGGCAGCGCCGCGUCUUUCUCGAGCGCCACGAUCAGCUCCAGCUUCGUGUACAACGGCACGGAUGCCGGUUCGGCCGCCGGCACGUACGGCAAGGUGACGGCCAUGUCAUCCUGCACCACCGAGGACGUGUCGGUGAGCGACCCCGUGGGUCCGUUCAGCGAGGAGGUGUCCAUGGUCUUCCGCGGCCCGCUCAACAUCUACAACAUCGCCGUGUUCAACGCCACCUCGGGCAGCGACUGGACCAAGGUGUCGUCCUACAGCCAGAACGGCACCCAGGAGAACAUGGUCUUCAUGAACAACCUCAACAUCGACUACACCGGCGCUGACUCGAGCCCUCAGGGUUACUCGACGGCCGACGGCUCCGGCACCGCCACUGAGAGCACGACGUUCGGCGGCUCCCUUGCUGAUGCCUCGGACGCUUCGGUGACCGGCGGCGGCCCGUGCGUCUCCACCGGAUGCGAGGUCAACGUCAUGACGGAGACCAACUGCGCCGACGAGGACGGCUGCAUUGGCUACUACGACGACAUGGGCUUCCACGGCUGGGACGGCGGCAUGAAGAUGUUCGUGACUAAGGUGCAGAUGCCUACGGGCUCGAUCGUCAACCGCCCUGCUAUCUGGAUGCUGAACGCUCAGGUGGUUCGUGCUAACCAGUACGGCUGCAACUGCCGUGGCGAGGGCUCCGAGGGCGGCUGCGGUGAGCUCGACAUUGCCGAGGUGAUCGAGACCAACACGGACAAGGACAAGGUGUCGACUCACUACUACUUCUACGACGGCAGCGUGUCCCCGGGCGGUGACAACUACGCCGUGCGUCCCACCGACUCGGCCGUGACGUACGUGACCAUCAUCGAUAACUCGAGCACAGGCACCAUCAAGAUCAUCGAGCUGGGCGGCGACGACUUCGACUUUGACGUGGACGCCGUGUCGGCCGACCAGGUGACGUCGUGGAUCUCGGCUUCGGUCGAGAAUCUGCUGAGCUAAGCAGCUACCAGUCGUAGGUGGGCUGUGUGUUGCAGUGUCGUGGCAUGGUUUGGCCCCUGAGUCGUAAACCCUGCGGCUGAUAGAUGGAGUCGACUGUGUGUCUCUCUUCCUAAAAACCGCGUAGUAACUUGGUAUCUAUACAACGAUUUUGAAGCUA